GCGGGCACCGAGUCAACUGGCGGAACAGCGGGCACCGAGUCGUCUGGCAAGACUGCGGGCACCGAGUCGUCUGGCAAGACUGCGGGCACCGAGUCGUCUGGCAAGACUGCGGGUACCGAGUCGUCUGGCAAGACUGCGGGCACCGAGUCAACUGGCGGAACAGCGGGCACCGAGUCAACUGGCGGAACAGCGGGCAUCAAGUCAACUGGCGGGACUGCGGGCACCGAGUCGUCUGGCAAGACUGCGGGCACCGAGUCGCCUGGCAAGACUGUGGGCACCGAGUCAACUGGCGGAACAGCGGGCAUCGGGUCACCAGGCAUCAGGUCAUUUGGCUUGCCAGCGGGCACCGCGUCAUCUGGCAAGGCAGUGGGCACCGGGUCACCAGGUAUGACAGCGGGCUCUGAGUCAAUUGGCACGACAGCGGGCACUGGAUCAGGUACCGGAUCAACAGCGGGCAUCGAGUCAACUGGC